GAAGGCAGCAGCAGGGUGUUGUUUCCAUUCCCGCCAGCAGAGCGCGUACCUGCGCCUCGUACAGAAAGUGGGGAUGCCUCCCAGCAGAGCACAAACCCACUCCCCGUUUUUUGUCGUGAAACUGUGAGAAGGAAAUUUUUUUUGUUUUGCUUCUUUUUCAAACAUUGUCGGAAAGCCCCAUGCACUGCGAGCUUUCUGCACCGCCUCCGCUGCUCGCAGGACUCUCCCAGGAUGCUGUCGAACAAGCCUCACAUGGCGCACAGAGUGGCAGGCUGCUUGGUCUUCCUCUCCCUCUGUGAAGCUUGUUGUUUCGGAGCGGAGAGCACCAUGAGCUUCGAUAUCAACUUUGCUGCUGGCAGCUCAGGAAAAGGCUCACAGAGCCAUGAUGAUAUGCAUGUCAUCCACAACAAUCAACUGGACCUGCGGGAGAUAGUGUUCGUCAUCCAGAGUCAAAGCAACUCCUUCCAUGUGAGGCAGGCAGAAAGACGGAGAGAAGACUUACUGAAGCAGGCAUACAGUCACGCAGAGAAACCACCGGUGGUUUUGCUCUCUCACACGUUAUCGGAUAACGAUGGAGAUUGGAGUAUCCUUCCUCUGCUGCCUUACUUAUCAUACUCCUUCGGGAAAAACUCAUCUUGGAUUGUAUUUCUCGAGGAGGAAACCAAUGUGAAGACGUCUAAGCUGGUUCAAGUCCUUGCAAAAUUUGACAAGAAUAAAGAGUGGUUUCUUGGUAAGCCCCUCCAUGACGAGGAGUCAACCAUCAUUCAUCAUUACGCGUUUGCAGAGAAUCCCUCCAUCUUUAAAUAUCCAGACUUUUCUGCUGCUUGGGCCGUAAGCACCCCCCUUGUUGUGCGGCUUGCAAACAAAGUGAGAGAUGAGCCGCUGAAAUCUGACUUCACCAUUGACCUGAAACAUGAGGUUGCUUUGUAUAUCUGGGACAAUGGUAACGGUCCUCAUCUCACUGCUGUCCCUGAGCUGUGCACUGAGCCGGAGGACUCCCCUCAGACCCUCCACUGUGCCACCACUCUGAGCACCGAGCCUCCUCUGUGUGGGGAGCCUGUAAAUAAAGAAGAUAUAUUUGUCGCUGUGAAAACCUGUAGGAAGUUUCACACUGAAAGAGUUCCAGUGAUAAAGAAGACUUGGGAAAAGGAUGCCUUCUUUUUAGAGUACCACAGUGACCAUGCUGACCCUUCAAUACCAACCAUUAAUUUAGGAGUUCCAAAUACUGAAAGAGGCCACUGCGGGAAAACUUUUGCAAUCCUUCAAAGAUUUCUAAGCGGCGCUGUCCCUGACACCAAGUGGCUCCUUGUCGUGGAUGAUGACACACUUAUCAGCCUCUCCCGACUACAAGACUUGCUGAGCUGUUACAACCCCUCCGAACCAGUGUGUCUAGGGGAGAGGUACGGCUACGGACUGAGUCAAGGCGGCUACAGCUACAUCACGGGAGGUGGAGGCAUGGUGUUCAGCAGGGAGGCCGUGGUCCGGCUUCUUGACAGCGGCUGCAAGUGCUACAGCAAUGACGCGCCGGAUGACAUGGUGCUGGGAAUGUGCCUCAAUGCCCUGGGACUUCCUGUCACACACAGUCCACUCUUCCACCAGGCACGCCCAGAGGACUAUGCCAGAGACUUCUUAGCACACCAGGUGCCCAUCUCUUUCCAUAAACACUGGAACAUCGACCCCAUUGCUGUUUACGACAAAUGGCUUAAGGAUGACUUGAGGGCAAAAGCUUCGGAUGGACUAAGUGAGAACGCUAAGACGGAGUUAUAAUCAUUUUAAGCACACAACUUGCCUGAAUGAGUGUGUAUGUUUGAAGUGUGAGUGUGUGUAUUAUGGAGUCAUGGAACUGAAACAUUGUCCUUCACAGAUGUAAAUGUUUUUGUAUUGUUGAUGUUGAACUGUUGUUAAGAGGGACCGUGCGAGUGUGUGUCCAUGACCUAAUCUGUGAAUCUGUCUUCAUGGCUGAGAUGCAUGUUGAGAUCACUGUUAUUUUGGGAAUAUGGAUAUAAUAUGUGUAUAUUUAUAUCAUAAUGAAUAAUCUGAACCCCACUGAGGAGAAUCUGCUUCUCUGGGAGAUAUUGUAUCCUUAAAGGGGGGUCACUAAUGCUGUACAACGUGCUCUAUUUUGGCAUUAAAGCAUAGAAUUAUAAAUA